CGCCCGGGCAGCAUGGUGAUGGCCGAGCCCCGGCGGCUUCCCCCCGCGGCGCUCCCGCCGCCGCCCUCGUCGUCCCGCGGAGGGCCGGGCCCCGUCCGCGUCGGCUUCUACGAGAUCGAGGGCACGCUGGGCAAGGGCAACUUCGCCGUGGUCAAGCUGGGGCGGCACCGCAUCACGCGCAGCGAGGUGGCAAUAAAAAUCAUUGACAAAUCUCAGCUUGAUUCUGUGAAUCUGGAGAAAAUUUAUCGUGAAGUUCAGAUAAUGAAAAUGCUGGAUCACCCCCAUAUUAUCAAGCUUUAUCAGGUGAUGGAGACCAAAAGCAUGUUGUACCUUGUGACAGAAUUUGCCAAAAAUGGAGAAAUAUUUGAUUACCUUGCCAACCAUGGGCGGUUGAGUGAGUCUGAGGCGAGGCGCAAGUUCUGGCAAAUCCUCUCUGCCGUUGAAUACUGUCACAGCCGGAAGAUUGUCCACCGUGACCUCAAAGCUGAAAACCUUUUGCUUGAUAGCAACAUGAAUAUCAAAAUAGCAGAUUUUGGGUUUGGAAAUUUCUACAAAAGUGGUGAGCCUUUGACGACAUGGUGUGGAAGCCCCCCGUAUGCCGCCCCCGAAGUCUUUGAAGGUCAACAGUAUGAGGGUCCACAGCUGGAUAUUUGGAGCAUGGGCGUAGUUCUUUACGUCUUAGUCUGUGGAGCGCUACCUUUUGACGGACCAACUCUUCCCAUCCUGAGGCAACGGGUCCUGGAAGGGAGGUUCCGGAUCCCCUAUUUCAUGUCAGAAGAGUGUGAGCACCUGAUCCGGAGGAUGCUGGUCCUGGAUCCAUCAAAAAGGCUGACAAUCGCUCAGAUUAAAGAGCACAAGUGGAUGCUGGUCGAGGUUCCUGUCCAGAGGCCGGCUCUCUACCCCCAAGGGCAAGAGAACGAGCCGUCCAUCGGAGAAUACAACGAGCAGGUUUUGCGGCUGAUGCACAGCCUGGGAAUAGACCAACAAAAAACCAUCGAGUCCCUGCAGAACAAGAGCUACAACCACUUUGCUGCUAUCUAUUACUUGCUCAUCGAGAGACUCAAGUCGCAUCGCAGCAGCUUCCCUGUGGAUCAGCGGCUGGAUUCCCGUCAGCGGCGACCGAGCACCAUCGCUGAACAGACAGUCGCCAAGACCCAGGUGGCAGUGGCGCCCGUCAAUCUGCGCCCCCAGAGUGUGAGGCUGCUGAGGUCUCCUGGCCUGCCACCCGCUUCUGCCGCUGAAGCUUUCUCGUUCCCUCCUUCCGGCUGCCAAGCAGAAUCCGCUUUCAUGGAGGAAGAGCGAAUUGACACGCCAAAGCUAAACGGCUGCCUGCUGGAUCCUAUCCCCCCUAUGAUGGUGAGGAAAGGGUGCCAGUCUCUGCCCAGCAGCAUGAUGGAAACCUCAAUCGAUGAAGGUAUAGAGACCGAAGGAGAGUCCGAAGAGGAUUCCGCGCAUGCUUUCGCAGCCCUUCAAGCCACUCGCUGCGGGAAGAGGCGCCACACGCUGGCAGAAGUAACCAACCAGCUGCUUGUAAUGCCAGGCACAGGGAAAGUCUUUUCCAUGGACGAGAACCAGUCCCUGAGCAGUGUCGACUCUGAAUAUGACAUGGGAUCCUUCCAGCAGGACCUGAACUUCCUGGAAGACACCCCCUCCCUGAAAGAAAUGAUCCUGGCCAAUCAGCCCGCUCCCAGGAUGACACCCCGUUUUAUAGGGCUGAGACCUGCCAACCCAGCCAUGCAGGCGUUGGCCUCUCAGAAGCGAGAGGCCCACAACCGUUCCCCCGUUAGCUUCCGAGAGGGGCGCAGAGCAUCGGACACGUCACUGACACAAGGAAUCGUAGCCUUUAGGCAGCAUCUUCAGAAUCUGGCCCGAACCAAAGGAAUCCUGGAGCUGAACAAAGUCCAGCUGCUGUAUGAACAGAUGAGGUCAGAAGACGGACCCGCCCUGACGUCCACCUCUCAUUUGCAAGACCUCGGGAGCAGCCCCCACCAGGAGGAAGCAUCCCAGCAGCAGGAAGCGGCCUCUCUUUUUCCAAACGGCGUACACCCCCAGUUGCUGUCUCGGCGGCAAAGCUUAGAAACUCAAUAUUUGCAGCAUCGGCUCCAGAAGCCCAGUCUGCUUUCGAAAGCUCAGAAUGCCUGCCAAGUUUUUUGCAAGGAGUUACCACGGAGCCUGGAACAGCAGUUACAGGAGCACAGGUUGCACCAGAAACGCCUCUUCCUUCAGAAGCAAUCCCAGCUGCAGGCGUACUUCAACCAGAUGCAAAUAGCCGAGAGCGUGUACCCCAGGCCGAGCCAGCUGCCCCUGCCCUGCCAUGAGGAUCAGCAGUCCCCGCCCCCACACCCUUCCCAGUUCAGCCUGGUGCAGCCCUUGAGCCCCCUCCUGGAGCCUUCUGCUGAACAAAUGCAGUUUGAUCCUUUCCUCAGCCAGUAUCAGAAGCUUCACCUCGACCAGUCGCCCUCGCCCCAGGUCCACAGCGUGUCUCGGUUGCCGUCGCAGGUUCCCAUGCAGCAACAGCAGCAGUACCCCUAUCAGACUUGCGAAUUGCCACUUGGUGCCAUGUCUGAACCAGACUAUGCCAGUCAGCAUCAAUACCCCCUUGACCCAGCCCAGCAGAGUGGUGUAGCAGCAACCGACAACCAGAGAAGCUCUGACUCUCCUGGGGCCCAGUCCGGCUACGAGGCGUUAGGCCUCGGGGAGUUCCCUGGACUCUUUGAUUGUGAGAUGAUGGAAACUGUCGACCCCCAACACGGCGGCUACGUCUUGGUGAACUAGCAAGUUUUGGAGCAUUCUGGAUGGAAAGUGGUCCAGCUAAAGCAGAGGACAGAAAUGCGUGUUGAC